AUGCAAAGUCAAUCGGUCCUACUUUUAACGUUGUGCGGUCGAGAGGUGUAUUCCCUGGUGAAGAAUCUAGCGCUCCCGAAUGUUUCUGCUGAAUUGCCGUUCGAGAAGUUGAAAUCACUAAUGUUGGACCACAUUCUCCCAGUGGAUUUUCAGGCCACUGAACGGGCCAAAUUCAACUGCAUGAUCAAAGUUGCCAACAUUCCGUGCCGUGAAUUCAUUCUGCAGUUGAACAAACGGGCGUCAAAAUGUAACUAUGGUGACCGGUUGGAAGAACAACUUUGCGACCGUCUCAUUGCUGAAAUCAACAACAUCUCAUUAUAA